AUGUGCCGCCGCCGCAGCACGCGCGCCGCCUCGCUGCACACAGCCACUCCGUCUCCCAGCGUCCAGCCCGCGACUCACGCCGACAUAUGGGCCAUCACUGUGUACUGUGGCGACAGUAUAUGCCAGGAGUCACGUGGACUCGUUUUAACGGAGUGUCCAAAAAGUAUUGAAGUAACGAACGCUCCACCGACCCGGCAUUCCCGCCAGGAUGGUCCUCUCACUGACGCGAAGCUCGCGAUACGCUUUGGUGGCCCGGAGGUUAAGGCGCCCGCUUCUCGUGCACGAGGGCGUGCGUUCGAAACCUGGCAGUCGAGUGGCGAGACGCGGCUAGACGUGAGCCUCCUGCGGGUAGUGCGUGAGUGUGCAGUGACCUUGACCGAGCGCGGGGCUGCGCGCGCGCAGGUGCCGGCGGCGCACGCGUCGCAAAUAUCAACACAUGUCUACCAGCAGCCGUGGAGGCAGGGUGUGGGCUGCAUGCACGGUCACCGUCUCGCUCGGCUGCUGGUGUCCAGCGCACUGCGAGUGGGUGGCGCCCGGCGGCGGGGCAGGACGGCUAGCGGGACCCUAACGUCCGCGCAGGUGCCAGUAACGGGACCUCGCGAAAGUUGCCCGGUGCUGGUGCCUGUAGAGGCGGGGCGCGGGGCGCGGGGCUACAAGAGUGAAGCAAGCAAUGAGUGUUGGGACUCACCAGUGCUCAUGCUGAAGCGGGCGCGGGGCCGAUGGUGCGCACGCGCAGCUUGCUCGACGAAUAUUACUGCGUGUCCCGGCAGCUCGCGGGCUAGACCAGUCUAG